AGAGCAAAAUACAGCGUCCCCUUACCCCAGCGAUAUCCCAAGAAGAGAACGCAAUCAACCCAGGCAAUAUGACCCGCGGAAACCAACGAGACCGAGACCGCGAAAGGCAGCGCAAGAAGGCCGAGAGCGAGAAAAAGGCCAAUACUCUAUCCGGAACGGCAUUUGCGCGUAAGAAGGAAGAAGACGCUGCAAAGAUGCGAGCGAAGCAGGCAGCAGCCGAUGCGAAGAAAGCUGCUGCCGCUCUUGCUGCGGCAGGGAAGAAAAAAUGACACCUGCUUUGCGCCGUGACUACGCUCCAUACCUUGGACUGAACCUUUUCGAACUCAGGACAUUGUCCUCGAAUAAUCUCGCUCUUCGUUCCGCGAUUAUAUAAUGCGCCGAUAACAGCUACAAAGCGCGGCUUACGGAUUCUUCUGGCCCUGGUUAUAUUCUGAGAACGUGGAUGUGCUCUGAUAAAUACUUGGAUUGGGAAGUCAAUAUAAGGGAUCUGAGGUCGAGAGGUAGUUCAGGGGAUAGGGCUAGAUUUCGCGGUCGUAUACAACAGCUGGGAAUAAUUGGGUUUUCCGCACUGGGGCAUGGGAAUAUCACUUUUGACGAUAGCUACGCUUGAUUUCUUAGCGAGGCGUUUGAAUGAAUAUCUGAAGCGUUUGGUUU